UUAAAGCGAUUGAGAAUGAACGCAGCGUGAGGAGGGAUGAGAUUCACGCACCCCUACACGGUGUCAGAGUGGUUCAGUCCGCUGGUGGAAUUCCGAGAAGUGCGAGCUGAGGCUUCACAGAAGUUGAGAUUCCAGGAAGUGCUGAGGGACGGCAUUCUAAGAAAAACACACCAGAGCAUUAGUAUGAGCAGCACUGUAGACGGCUGCAUCCAGUUCACGCGGCAUGCAGGAGACGUGCUGUUCAAUUUCAACCGCCUGCGCAGCCGAAACAUCCUGACUGACGUCACCGUGUGGGUCGGCGGCCGAGAGUUUCACGCGCACAAGACCGUCCUCAUGGCCUGCAGUGGCUUCUUUUACACCAUCUUCAUCAACACUCGCAAAACCGACCCUGCAGUGGUUAGCUUGGACGCUAAGGCCGACCCUGACGGCUUCGCCAUCCUGCUGGAUUUCAUGUACACUUCCUGCCUGACCCUAAAGGAGCGCUUCAUCAUGGCCACACUCAACACGGCCGUCUACCUGCAGAUGGAGCACAUGGUGGAAACCUGCCAGCGCUUCAUGGAGUCCAGGGGUUUAAGUGUGAAGCAGCUGCCUGAGGAACCACUUUCCGGCUCUGCCCACAUACCUCAGGACCUGCCCGUUGACCCCUGUGACCUCACUCUUCCUGCGGUGCACUAUGCAGUCAGCACUUCCACGAGCAACCUGACUAACAUCUACAGGCACCUUCCUCCUUGCCCUUUUCCCACAGGCUCUGCCUCAGACGCUAAAGCGCUUUCCUGGGAAAAUACGAAAGACAGCCUAGCUGUAAGUCACGGGCCGUGUUCCAGUCUGGGAGGAAGUCGAGGCAGGCGUUCGAGUUUGGACCACGCUGCUGCGUGUCUGGAUCAGAGUGUGAAAGAGGAGGAGAAGGAGGCGGAGGUGGCGAACUCCCCUCACAUGGUCAAUCCUCGCAGCCCUCUGAAGUCGGACUGCCAGCCGAAUUCUCCAGCCGAGUCGAGCGGCUGCAGCCGGGAAACCGCGUCUCCGCCGAAGGUGCGCAACUGGAAGAAGUACAAGUUUAUCGUGCUCAACUCUGCUGAAGGAGACGAGAAUCUACUCCGGGAUUCCAACCGAUCCGUGGAGAACUGCAGCGAGACGCCGAGGAAGCAGACGCCUGUCCCCGUGUCUCCUCACUCUGUGGGGGCGGAGACCAAGAUGGCAGAGAGCAGGGAUCUGACCUGCGGCGAGUGGCACAAAACGGUGAACGACUCGGAGAACCAUCAGCGUCUCCAUGACUCCAAACCAUAUGACUGUGACCUCCGAACCUCCUUCACCUCCAAUCACAGCCUCCCUAACCACAAACCUGUCUCUCCAGGUGAGAAGCCGUACCGCUGCAGUGUGUGUGGCGCUCAGUUCAACCGGCCGGCCAACCUGAAGACUCACCUGCGCAUCCACUCGGGCGAGAAACCGUACAAGUGCGAGACGUGUGGCUCCGCCUUCGUGCAGGUGGCUCACCUGCGCGCCCACGUGCUGAUCCACACGGGCGAGAAACCGUACUGCUGCUCCGUGUGUAACACGCGCUUCCGCCAUCUACAGACGCUCAAGAGUCACCUGCGCAUCCACACCGGGGAGAAACCCUACCACUGUGAGAUGUGUGAUCUACGUUUUAGACACAAGAGUCAGCUCCGUCUGCACCUGAGACAGAAACACGGCGCUGUGACCAACAUCAAGACCUCCAACCGCUGACACUCUCUCUCUCACACACACACAGUGGUACUGUGGGGUUUAAACGUCUGAGUCCACUACUAAUCACUUAUCAUGAAACUAACCUCACAUUAUUAUUCGCUAUAUUGUGUAACUCUGGGAAAUACUGCGCUCUGAUUAGUCAGUUUUUAGGACGGUGUCACGUUUAAGUUUCACUUCAUACUGGCUCCUGUUGCUUAAACAGAUGUUUCUUUGCCACUGGAAUGCGGAGAAGUCCUGGCUUUAGCAAGCAAUUUUUGUCCAAAUGUAUAAACAAAUCCAUUUCAACAAUAUUCCUAAAAUGCUGGGUUGUCUCUCAUAUUUAUAGCACACGUAUCAGUAUUACAUACAUUACUGCAAGUUUGAUAAGUGACUGGUCGUCUACUCAGACUUUUAAUGGGUGUGUUUUGUUUUGUUUCUUUUCCUUCAGUUGUACAUUAACAGUUUUAACGAAUCUUUAUAUACAGUGGUGCUUGAAAAUUUGUGAAACCUUCAGGAUUUUCUAUAUUUCUGCAUAAAUAUGACCUAAAACAUCAGAUUUUCACACAAGUCCUAAAAGUAGAUAAAGAGAACCCAGUUAAACAAAUGAGACAAAAAUAUUAUACUCGGUCAUUUAUUUAUUGAGGAAAAUGAUCCGAUAUUACAUAUCUGUGAGUGGCAAAAGUAUGUGACCGUUUGCUUUCAGUAUCUGGUGUGACCCCCUUGUGCAGCAAUAACUGCAACUAAACGUUUGCGGUAACUGUUGAUCAGUCCUGCACACCGGCUUGGAGGAAUUUUAGCCCGUUCCUCCGUACAGAACAGCUUCAACUCUGGGAUGUUGGUGGGUUUCCUCACAUGAACUGCUCGCUUCAGGGCCUUCCACAACAUUUCCAUUGGAUUAAGGUCAGGACUUUGACUUGGCCAUUCCAAAACAUUAACUUUAUUCUUCUUUAACCAUUCUUUGGUAGAACGACUUGUUGUCUUGACAUUUUCCUUUAGAAUUCGCUGGUAUAAUUCAGAAUUCAUUGUUCCAUCCGUGAUGGCAAGCCGUCCUGGCCCAGAUGCAGCAAAACAGGCCCAAACCAUGAUACUACCACCACCAUGUUUCACAGAUGGGAUAAGGUUCUUAUGCUGGAAUGCAGUGUUUUCCUUUCUCCAAACAUAACGCUUCUCAUUUAAACCAAAAAGUUCUAUUUUGGUCUCAUCCGUCCACAAAACAUUUUUCCAGUAGCCUUCUGGCUUGUCCAUGUGAUCUUUAGCAAACUGCAGAUGAGCAGCAAUGUUCUUUUUGGAGAGCAGUGGCUUUCUCCUUGCAACCCUGCUGUGCACACCAUUUGUUGUUCAGUGUUCUCCUGAUGGUGGACUCAUGAACAUUAACAUUAGCCAAUGUGAGAGAGGCCUUCAGUUGCUUAGAAGUUACCCUGGGGUCCUUUGUGACCUUGCCGACUAUUACACGCCUUGCUCUUGGAGUGAUCUUUGUUGGUCGACCACUCCUGGGGAGGGUAACAAUGGUCUUGAAUUUCCUCCAUUUGUACACAAUCUGUCUGACUGUGGACUGGUGGAGUCCAAACUCUUUAGAGAUGGUUUUGUAACCUUUUCCAGCCUGAUGAGCAUCAACAACGCUUUUCCUGAGGUCCUCAGAAAUCUCCUUUGUUCGUGCCAUGAUACACUUCCACAAACAUGUGUUGUGAAGAUCAGACUAUGAUAGAUCCCUGUUCUUUAAAUAAAACAGGGUGCCCACUCACACCUGAUUGUCAUCCCAUUGAUUGAAAACACCUGACUCUAAUUUCAUCUCUAGCCGCUUUAUCCUGUUCUACAGGGUCACAGGCAAGCUGGAGCCUAUCCCAGCUGACUACGGGUGAAAGGCGGGGUACACCCUGGACAAGUCGCCAGGUCAUCACAGGGCUGACACAUAGACACAGACAACCAUUCACACUCUCAUUCACACCUACGCUCAAUUUAGAGUCACCAGUUAACCUAACCUGCAUGUCUUUGGACUGUGGGGGGAACCCACGGGGAGAACAUGCAAACUCCGCACAGAAAGGCCCUCGCCGGCCAUGGGGCUUGAACCCGGACCUUCUUCCUGUGAGGUGACGGCGCUAACCACUACACCACCGUGCUGCCCUGACUCUAAUUUCACCUUCAAAUUAACUGCUAAUCCUAGAGGUUCACAUACUUUUGCCACUCACAAAUAUGUAAUCUGUGCAUCUCUCUUUCGGAUGCCUCCUGGAUGCCCCCCUGGGGAGGUGUUCCAGGCAUGUCUCCCCCCCCCUGGGAGGAAGCCCCAGGGAAGCCCCAGGACACGCUGGAGGGACUAUGUCGCUCGGCUGGCCUGGGAAAGCCUCUGUGUUCUUCCCGAAGAGCUGGCCGAGGUGUCUGGGGAAAGGGAAGUUUGGGCUUCCAUGCUCAGACUGCUGCCUCCGCGACCCGGCCCCGGAUAAGCGGAUGAAGACGAGACGAGAUAUGUAAUAUUGAGGAAAAUGAUCCAAUAAAUAAAUGAGCAAUCUACUUUUAGGACUUGUGUGAAAAUCUGAUGAUGUUUUAGGUCAUAUUUAUGCAGAAAUAUAGAAAAUUCUAAAGGGUUCACAAACUUUCAAGCACCACUGUAUUAUGACGUGAUAUUAUAAAGGGCGCUUAUUUUUGCACCUGUUCAACGAGGUACUAUAAAGUUCCAUAAAUAUAUCCAAAAAAUUAUUUAUAGAUGUUUUAUAGCAUUCCUGUACAGUAUUUUGAUUAAGUAAUAAUAGGUGUUGGAAUAAUAAAAUAUUUUUAUUUCCUAAGUGUGUGGGGCUGCUGGUUCAAGUUUAGCUUAAGCAAAUAAUACACCAUUUGUAUUUAAAAAGUGACUUUAAACACUGCUGAGUGUUUUUAAUGCGCACAAGAAAGAAGCAGAUCAGUCGUUUCCCUUUGCUUAAUCACAGACGAGUCGACUCUUUUGAUUCGGCUCUUUUAGUUGAGUGUUGAAACCCAGUACUAAAGAUCUGUUUUAAAAGUGUUUACAUGAGGACAAGAUGUGUUUAGAUCCAUGUUCACAAUCCGCACUAAAGCCACUCAUUACGAACAGUACAAUGGUCCAGAAAGCCUCCAGUGAAUCAUCAGAGUCGCUUUUGUCACAGUGAAAUGAUUCCGAGUCAGUUUUAUUGUGUGUUUGCAUCUCGAAUGGAAUCUUAUUGAAAUUCAGGGGUUUUUUUUUGUUUUUUUUAAAUGAAAGUUAAGUGUAAAUAGGCUACAAAGAUAUUAAUCCAGGAAAGUGAGUUAUUUGUCUGUAUAUACAGUAUGUAGCUCCUUUAUUUUUGUUUGUUUGUUUACAUUGUUCAAGUUUUUAACAAACAGAGUGCGGAGUCUCCUGUAGUGUUAUUUUAAUAAUCAUAAGGCAGAUACAGAUUUCACUGAAGAAUUUAAAUGAUUGAUUUAACUGGCUGGUUUGAAAAUCAUAGCAUUGAAUCAUUUGGGAACCGACUCAUUCAUUGGUGAACCGAGUCAAAUAAUCUGACUCACUGCAAAGAACCGGAAGUUACCUUCACUUGGACUGUUACUAGAUCAGGGGUCAUUAACUCCAGUCCUCAUCUUCCCUACAGUCACCACAAAUGAUCCUGAUUAUUAUUAUUAUUAUUAUUAUUAUUAUUGCAAGCUGUUUCAGGUGUGUUCAGGGCUGAUAAAUGUGGAAGUGUUGCUUCUCAUUAACUUUAACAUGAAUUUAGGAGCUGAUCUAUAAUAAAAGUGUUUGAUAUAAAUCUUUACAGUCAUGAGUAAAAGAAAGUACACCCUC